AUGGCGCCUGUACCUAGUGGAAGUAACCAAACUGGCUCCAGUGUUGCCAAAACCAGUUUUAGAAGUAGAAGGAGUAACACUGCUGGAGGUAGUGUUGGCGGCAGAGGUGGGGAUUGGCGAGCUCCUGGCAGCAAGGUUGGAAGCACUUUGCACAGAGGCAUCGUCAGCCACAAUAGCUGCGUUGGCCACCAGGGCACCAGACAAGCGUCUAACCCAGCGAGAGCGGCACUUCGCCUCUGCAGCAGCCGAAGCUCUCCGUCCCUCCACACCUCCUCCCUCUCCGCUGCUCCGUUCAUGAGAAGCUGCCGCUCUCUCUGCAGACUUGACCGAAGUCCCAUCAGGGAUGAAACGGGCUCCGGUCACACAGUGCUGAGGUCUCUAUUGAACACUGGACCCUCAUCCUUGGAAAAGACAGCUCUGGAGUCUGGCCAGCCGACAUCUCCUGCUGCCACGCAGGAGCCAUGCAGGGAUGCCAAAGACCACGGUGAAAAUGAUGAGAAAAUGGAAACCAGCUCCUCCUCUGAUCCACCGGCUUCUUCUUCCUGCGUGGUUUCCAGUGCUGCUUGUCAUCAGCACAGCGACAAACUGAAGAAACAGGAGCUGUCUCAGGAUUCAGCAGUGCAGCUCCCUGAUGCCUCCCGCUUGUCUCUUCCUCGCCGCCUUCGCUCCAAAUCCCUCGACUGCAGAGAUGAUGAGUCUUCUGUUAUUACUAAAGAUGGAGUGUACACCCUCUGUGCUAUGACCUCUGGGAUUAGACACAACUGGAUCCAAGCCGUGUUGGAGAACGUUGGGCCCACUCUUACACCUGACAUGGCAAGUUCCCUCUUAGAGGAAAACACUCGACUGACAAGUCAGAGACCAGAUUCGCGGCCGGCUGAGGUUGUGCGGGACACAGCACAUGAAAAGAGCUGUGUGCGAGAUGGCUGCGGAGAGGGCCAGGACAAAACAUUUGACGGGCUGUCAGGGAUCCUGCACAUCUGGCGGAGGAGGGACAACAGAGUCGAAAUGCUUCCUGUCAUCAGCAUCCGCUCCUUGUUGGAAAAACACAAACAGUUGGCUUGA